AUGGACGCUACAACUGUGGAAGCACAGAUACAGGAAGCGACGGAGGCCAUGCAAGCUCAGAACACGAAUCUCCUCAAUCUCAAACGUCAGCACAAUGACAUCGUCCCCAUCGGUCGUCUUCCUGAUGAAGUCCUUGAGACGCUCUUCCUCUGGCUUCGCAAUGCAUGCGUAGAGGAAGAAGUCCUCCUCGUAGCAUAUCCUGCUCUGCGCGCUCCAGGAUGGGCGCCCGUGUCCUGGGUCUGCCACAGGUUUAGAACACUCUGUCUAGGUUAUCCUCUGCUGUGGAAUCACAUCGGCGAUUAUCGGCACAAAUGGAUGUUCACCUGCGUUGAGCGCUCGACGCCCAGCCCACUGGACGUGCACCUGAAUAUCGACCUGCAUGGGAAAUACCCCUUGAAACGCAUCUUGCAGAGCGUUUUCCGCAUGCGUGCCCUGGUUCUGGAAGGCGAAGCGCAGACCAUGCGCGAUCGUGUACUUCCACGGUUAAACAUCCCCGCACUCGAACUCGCGACGCUCUCCCUGCGGACUCAUGGACACAUACUCGGCAUCCACUCUGUUGGUAUCUUGACCGCUAUUCGGCACCUAGACGAAGCGUUCUCCGGCCAAGUGCCGCACCUGCGCAGUCUUGAGAUUGGACGCACAAUGCACCUAUACCCUUCUUCAUCCUUACUUUCACCAUUGCUUCAACAACUUGUCUUGGAAGACGCAUACUCGGCAGCGGAGCUGUUUAAUUUGCUGCGGGUACUUCCCGGUCUAAGAUCACUUGAAGUAACGAGCGCCAACGUGGGCGUCUUACAGACGCAAGCUCGAGUCUUCGAUACCGCUGAUACGGUGGAUCUGCCCGUGUUACACUCGCUUUCCAUCGAGAUAGCCUUCACCGAAGAGGUCGUUCGGCUACUUCAGGUCGUGAAAGUGCCGCAGCUUUCCUCGACAUCCCUCGUAUUCACCUCCUUCAACUUCGAUCCAGAGCGUUGCGGGACGGCGUUGACAGCAAUAUCGUCCUUACUUCAACAAAAUGAUGACGGAACUUCUUUCCGAAGUCUGCGUUUACAUCCGAUCUCAAGAUACGUGGAUGGAUACCGCGUUUGCGAGCGCGUACUCCUGUGGCAUUCCCCCGGCGCUGGAACAGAGAGCCAGAAACAUCAUUUCCAUCAAUCGCCAGCAUACAUCGAAUUCAAACCAUCCUCUGCUCUCCCCGUCACUCCUGUACACGCUCUCGUGCCCUUCUACCGGCAUGUCUGCUCGGAUUUACCGCUCGCGGGAUUGACGACUGUGACCAUCGAGAUGGAUUACGUCUUCACGACACGCGAGUGGGCGGACAUUCUGCGACCUCUGGCGCGCAUCGACCAUCUGAAGCUCAUCGGCGACCGCCUAGGCACGGUCUUGGAUGCGUUAGCCCUGACUCCCUUCAUCCUACCCAUGUUGUCGCAUCUCUCUGUAUGCAUACCGUUGCGCAGGACAGUCACACCACCUCCGCUAUUGCGCGAGCUGAUGGACGCUGCAAAAGCGCGCAUCAUAGAACGGCGGCUACACGUCGCGUUCGAGGAUUGCGACCGCUUCGUGCCUGCGCUCUACGAGGGACUCGGAGAGUUCGCAGACGUCACGUGGGAUGAUAUGGGCUUUUUCGACGAUGAUGUGCAGGACCAGGAGCCAUGGCUGGCCCUGCUUUUCGAUUAG